AGAUAAACAGGCUUUUCUGUGUUGAAACUUGCUCACUGCUUUUUUUUUUUUUUUUAAAGAAAGGGUCCCAUGUGAGUGGUUAUGCGCCUGGUCGUCAUCGAGGCUGGAAGAUGUGAGGUCUCACCGGAUGAAACAUCUGCAGCCUGUCUCUGACAUGGGACACCUGUCCAGUUAAAAGUCAAACAGAAAACAGAGAUGGGAAGCUCGGCUCUGCUCACAGUUGUGCUUGCCGGAGUGUUUCUGUGGAUUUCUGUUAUUCGUGCAGAGGGCCUUGACGACCCACAGGGUGAGAAGCUGCUGUGUACCUGCGAGAACGACAAAGGCACAUGCAGCAACGGAAUGUGCCGAGGAGACUACUGCUUCUACACCUGGGUUCACGGCAGAGAGGAGCGGGGAUGUUUCACCAAAGAUCACUUCAGAGAGCAGUGCUCCGGCUCCUUCAAAGGCCUUUUCACCCACUGCUGCACAGAGACCAAGUGCAACGCCUUCGUCACACCACCUCCAAAUAUUAAUGGGGAGCUCAUGACAACAACAUCUCCAGAAUUCCCUCAGCCAUCGUUGUGGAUCGCUGUGUCUUUGCUGCUCUCGUUCACGGCCGUGAGCGUGUGCAGCUUCGUGCUAUUAAUGCGCUUCCGACGAACCGCCGGCAAACUGAGAGACCCCGAAGACCGCGGUGCUAUGAUCAAAGUCCCCAACGGAGAUGACCCCACAUAUGGCGAUAUUUUUGAUGAGUUUUGUACAUCAGGGAGCGGAACAGGACUUCCAUACCUGGUCCAAAGGACUAUGGCUCGACAAAUCUCACUUGUUGAGUGUGUUGGUAAAGGCAGGUAUGGUGAGGUGUGGAGGGGAACGUGGAUGGGGGAGAGUGUAGCCGUCAAGAUAUUCUCCUCCAGGGACGAGCAGUCGUGGUUCAGAGAAACAGAGAUCUACAAUACUGUGCAGCUGUGCCAUGAAAACAUUCUGGGUUUUAUCGCGUCGGACAUGACGUCUAAGAACUCCAGUACCCAGUUGUGGCUCGUCACUCAUUUUCAUGAGUUGGGUUCCCUCUACGAUUUCCUGCAGUACAGCAGCCUGGAGCCAGAGGGCUGCCUGAGGAUGUGCCUGUCAGUGGCCUGCGGCCUAGUCCACCUCCACACUGAGAUUGUCAGCGCACAGGAGAAACCGGCAAUCGCCCACCGGGACCUGAAGAGCAGAAACAUCCUGGUGAAGCGAAACGGGCAGUGCUGCAUCGCGGAUCUAGGUCUGGCUGUGAUCCACUCUCAGUCUCAUGACUACCUGGAUGUGGGCAACAAUCCUCGCGUAGGGACGAAGCGUUACAUGGCUCCUGAAGUGCUGGACGAGACUAUUCGUUUGGACACUUUUGAGUCUUAUAAGCAAACUGACAUCUGGGCUCUUGGCCUGGUCUUCUGGGAAAUAGCCCGCAGGACAAACGUCAACGGAAUUGUGGAAGAGUACCGUCCUCCUUUCUUUGACCUGGUUCCUAUAGAUCCCAGCUUUGAGGAGAUGAAGAAAGUGGUUUGUGUGGACCAGCAGAGGCCCAGUCUGCACAACAGACUCCACUCACAUCCAAUCUUGUCCACCCUUGUGAAGCUCAUGAAGGAGUGUUGGUACCAGAACCCAACGGCCCGCCUCACAGCCUUGCGAGUGAAAAAGACUCUUUCCAAACUGGACACAGAAAGUGACUUCAGCAUGGAUAAACUCAAGAGGCACAUCUAGACACGAGCACCAGAGACUCAGACAAACACCACGUCAUAAUAACGAGUUUAAAUGUCUAGACUAGAUACCACCCAGCGGUUUCUUUUUGAUUUUUUUUUUUUUUUUUUAAGAAUUAAUUUACAUGUUUCCAGUUCCUCAAA